GGAAGACACCGACAUGGUUGUAGUUUUUCAUGGAUACUAGUAUGCGAGGCUAAAGUUAAAAAUACCCUUGUUUCAUCACAACAGAAACAGCUAACGUUAGCUAGCCACCAAGCUAGCUGAUACAUCUUCAAACGGCUGCUGUCAAGACAACUGCGUUGGAUGAAAAAGUACCAGAAGUUGGAAGUAUUCAAACAGUUGUCCUCCGCGGCGGGAUGAAGUAUGAUCGGCGAUAAACGCGCAGAGGAACACGGAGAGAGAAAUCUAAGUCAACAUAAUCCAUCCGGACGUCGGGGGGGAAGAUGAGGACCAUGAUGGCUUCGAUGAAAGCAGCAUUAUUCGUAUUGCUACACUGGGCGCUCCAGUAUGCCGUGUGUCGUGACGUAACUCUUCCUGCUGGGACCCUCUACCGUGUUGCGGGGUUCCCCCUCUCCCUGCCGUGUGCUGUAACGGGGUACGAUGGCCCACGCACGCAGGACUUUGAGUGGUUCCUGUACAGGGAUGAUGCUGCUGGGAGGCAGAUGGGAAUUGUGUCCACCAGGGACAAAGGCUUCCCUUAUGCCCCGUUCCAGCCCCGGGUGAAGAACGGGGAGGUGAGGGUGGAGAGGGACUCGGGCGACAAAGUUCGGUUGGUGAUCCAGAGACUCCGGGCUGAAGACCAGGGGACGUACGAGUGCUACACACCCAGCACGGACAACACCUACCAGGGGAACUACAGCGGCAAAGUGCCUGUCAAAGUGAUCCCUGACACACUCCAGGUCAGCUAUUCCCGCUCACUCACCGGCCAGCCCGUGCCAGAGGGGGCCAAAUUAACGCUGACAUGCUCAGGCAGCAUCCACUCGGAGCAGCUCACCCAUCUGUCCAUCACGUUUGGGAAGCGUAACAUCGGAGAGAGUACCGAAGCGGGAGGGGAGGUCAGCACCGUUAGGGAGAUAAUCUCCAUUGACAAGCUGCUGGGGGUUGUCCCCGGACAUUUGUACAAGAAGCGGUACGAUGAUGGAGAGAUCACGCUGGAGAAGAGGAACGGCGAGGCUGGACUGGGCGUGUACGUGAUGAAGAUGAGAGCUGUGCAGCCCGACGACACUGGCUCAUAUUUCUGUGAGGCCUCGCAGUGGAUUCUGGACCCUGAUCGAUCCUGGCAGAAGAUCGCACAAAGGACGCUGGAUAUUGGCAACUUGACCGUUCAGCAACUAGCGGAGUCUCUGAGAAUAACCUCCUCGCCCAGAGGGGAGGUGACCCUGCAGGUCGGUUCCCCUCUCAUCUUGACCUGUGAGGUGUUGGGGCUGCCGUCUGAGGUAAACUCAGGCCUGCUGGUUCAGUGGAUGAAGAGGGGAUCAGUAAGCAGCGAUGUAGCCGGGAGCGGGGGAGUCGAGGUGGAGGUGGCCCGGAUGAGCCCAGACGGCGUUGUGAGCUGGGGGGACGACCUCAGCCGAGCCAGCGGGGGCUCUAUGGAGAAAGUGGCGGGAGGGAGGUAUUCUCUGAAGCUGUUCUCAGCCCAGCCCUUAGACUCUGGGGUGUACCGGUGUGUGGUGAGCGUGUACGCUGGAAGAACGCACCCCGACCCGUCCACUCCUGCCACACUCACCCAGAGGUCUGAGGGUGUCACCGUCAACCUCAAGAGCAAAGAUGUGCUGGUUGCAGCUGUGGCUCAGCUCCCUCGAGGCCCCCUGUUAAAACGAGGCAGCACCAUCACCCUGAUCUGCAACGCCACCGUGACGACCACAGGCCCCGCCCAGGCACAGGUGCAGUGGCUGCGGUGGCCAAUCCCCGAACGAGUAAUCAAGAAGGAACGGAGCCCAGCGUCAGAUGUAACUCUACCAGACGCCCCCGUGGAGGAAACUCCCACACUGGUAGCCGCCCUCAUGUACAACGGUGUCGCAGAGAUCUACGUCAACGGGAGCGACGUUAGCGUCGACCGCCUGUCAAUCGGCUCCUACAGACUGAGGGUCCACACAGCCACAAUGGAGGAUCAGGGCAUGUAUGCGUGUCACGCCCAGGCGUGGAGUCAGGACCCGCAUGGAGGCUGGUACAACACGGGGGCCAAAGCAGAGUCAAACGCAGUGACUGUUUACCUGUAUGCCAGAGCUGCUGACCUCCUCCUCAUCCCUUUGGUUGUCGGCGUCUCCUCUGCCUUGUUUGUGGGCAUCGUCAUCAUCUCAACGGUAACCUGUUGCUUCAUGAAGCGACUGGCGAGGCAGCGCGUUCCAAAAUAAGUAAAUCCGCUGUUUGCCGCCCGUCUGAAGUCUGAAUGUUCGCGAAGAUGCACAACGAGGUGAUGCACAGAGCAAAAUGGAUGAAAUGGCCGAGAAUAGAAUAACUUCUAGACAAGAUUGAAGUGAAAUUGUUUUGUGUUUUGACCUACCUGUAUAACAAUCAAUGCCAAAAGAUUCUGUUUUAUAUUCUCUUGUAUUUUUAUAUCCAAACCUUCUCUGAACAUAUUUUAGGCAUCAGCCGGUGUAAUCAUUUUAGAUUUUUAAAGCCACCAUCCAAUGACCCCUUCUGGGCAAAGACUUAUCAUUGUUAAUGAUCCCUUUGUCCCAGCUUCACAUUCUGCUCCAAAUUUGAAAAGGGUAAAAAAAAAAAUAGACAUAGAUACGCAAGAAUGUUACGACAAGGUAAAAGUAAAGAAGCUGCUGCAGGUUUGUUUUGCGUCUCUGAUGUGAGGAAUAUCUCGGAUACUGUAAAAGUAUAGUUUCUAAUGAAAAGCCAAACAAACUCCGUGUAAAGGUACUUAAUGCGUCUCAGCCUGUCGGGUGUUUUGUAUAAUGCUGGUUCAUCCUACAUUAAGAAACGGUUCUAUUUUCACACAAAGAAUAUUCUGUGUCCCCCCGCCCCCCCCCCCCCACCACAAAUCCUUGAUAUUGUUCCAGUUGUUCCUUUCCUUCAAACUGCAUGUUUUGUUUUUAUUCCAAAUGUCUGUGCAUGGUUAAGCCUCUAGCACUGCCACUGACAGUCACAUGAAUGCUGAUGGGAGCAGUUCAGCCUCCAGAAACUUAAUAUGAGCAGGGGCCGUCCACCGCCUGCUGCACGCUGCAUGUAAACAAAGUGUGUGUCUGUUACUUAAUAAGGAAAGCGCUGUCUUGGGGGGUUUUUUUUUCUGAUGCCAAGACCAAUUGAGUAUCAAUUCUAAACACAAGCAUUCUUGGCCUGUGACGCUUCACGCUGAAGUGAGUUUUCUAUACGCACUUGUAUAGAUUUGUCAAAGAGAAAUGGAAGAGAUAUCCAUUAUGCACUGAGCUAAAAUGUAAAUAUUGUAUGGAGUUUAGCUGUUUUAUUUUUCUUAAUGUGAGUAAGACUAUGCUGUCUUUGGCAAAGCACCUGUGUUUAACAUUCUGCAGCAGUCUGCUCAUUUCAAGCACUUGGACACAAAUGGGACCGGGUCCAAAGCCCCUCGGUAUCCUUCUUUUACUUGACUUUCUUCCAGCUGUCACUUCUUUGCUGUACUUGAGUGAAUACUUUUCAGUACUGUGAAAAAGAAUCCUCUGUUUGUUACACUGAGGAACAGGAAAACGGUUGUGUUGUUUCACACUGUUUAGGUUACUUGUUCCCGAGGUGAAAAGAGUCGUAUGACCAUAGUAGUUGAGUUAAAUCUCACUAUCGACGUCAUCAUGUGGUUCAGUUCGACGUUUCUGCAGCCGAGACUUAUUAUGAUCUGUUGGACAGAUUUACUGUCUGCACACUUAUAAUUAGUGAAAUCCAUCCUCCUCUUCCUGUCCAAAGUAACACUUAUGAAAGGUUUGGUCAUGCGAGCGUGGCCGCAUUGUGUGAUCACUUAAAGUUAGCUACAUGUUCGUGGAAAGGAGGAAGAAAGUACAAUUUGUUGUUAUCCAGCUUAUUCCAGGUAAUGUUUCCUGCUUUUCUUUCUAAAUGUGUUUGCACUGAGCUCUACUUCAAGGUCUCAGUGUGUCUUUACUGUCCGUCUCUGUCUCCUGCUGGGUUUUCCAUGUGAGAGUCCCUCUAAAUCUGCCUGUCCUGCCUGUCCUGCCUAACCUGCGCGCUCUAAACCCCUGAUUAUAAAUGAUAUUCACGGACAUUAGGAAAUAAAACUCACAGCUCUGCUUGCUUCCUGAGCCACUUUGUUCCAGAUCAACUACUCAAAGCUGAUUUGUUCCCUCACAUACCCACCCACCACAUGAUUACACACUUUUGCACACAUACACAAACAGAUUCACGUGCACACACAGCACAGUGGUGGCUGGCUGGUAUUUCGGAUGAAAAUAUCUGCGUGUUCAUCUCUAAUCCCUGUUUAUGGCUGCAGUUUGUGUCCUACUGCCCUUCCCCCCCCCCCCCCCUCUCUCUCUAUGUUACAGAGUCGGCGUGGCUCGCAAUCCACUCAUUUCAAUCUUUGUUCCCUGAGAAAUACAGCCAGCUGUAUAAAGUGUAGCACAUAGCGUGCACAGUGUGAAAGCUGCUGUCUAAGUUGUGCUUUUGUUUGAGGAUGUAUUAAACCCUUUUAUGAAGGUGUUAUGUUUCGUUUGGAUUGUUUACUCUUGCUUUAAUACCACUGUUCCUGAAUGCAUCUUGCUGCCAUCGAAAUAUAUAUGGGCGGGUUAUAACUCAGUUUGUUUCUCAUGGUGCUUUGGCGAACCUGCCAGUUAAUAAACCAAUAAACCACUCUGGAUUUA